CUAUUAUACAUGGCGGUCACACUGUGCUUUCCAUUUUUAUUGAGUACUAUUUACAGGAAUUGUUUGAUGUAAAUAAAAACAAAAAUGGACAUAUUAAAAGCAGAAAUAGCACGAAAACGCAAGUUGUUAGAGGAAAAGCAGUUAGUGGACGACAAAAAGAAGUUCUUUCGCCGUGGCGACCUCAGUGCUAAAGACACAGAGGAAGUACUACAAAAAGUGGGAUACAAGAAACAGGAACAAAUUGUAGCGCCCAGGACCGAGGGCGCAUACAGUUUUAUAGCUGAUGGUCAAAAUAUAUUACCUCGCCUUGAAGUUAUUCGCAGGCUACGCGAACGCGGAGAGCCUGUAUUAUUGUUCGGCGAAACAGAGCCGGAGGCAUUCGAUAGGUUGCGGACUUGUGAGAUUUCGCAACCUGAAGCCAACCGUGGUUUCCGCAACGAUUUUCAAGAAGCUAUGGAACAGGUGGAUGCAGCUUAUUUACAGGAAAUGUUUGCCAACACGCCCACAACCAAAGAGGAUAAGAAGUCCGACUUCGCUGAGUUGGACGAAUCCAUAUCCUGGGAAACCAUACAGACGAUGUCGCAAAAAAUGGGGAAAAACAAAGACUAUGACAUGGAUGUCAUCAUAACACUCUUAACAUUUCUUCUAAAACUGUGGAAUGCACAGAUCGCAAACUACACAAAGCACGAAAAAAUGUCGACAAAGGUAAAAAUGACCCGCGUCAUUUACACGCAGACCAAAGAGUAUGUAAAGCCGUUGUUUCGCAAGCUGAAGCAUCACACCUUGCCUGAGGACAUUCUCGACAGUUUGCGUGACAUUUGUAAGCAUUUGUUGAACCGCAAUUACAUAUCAGCGAGCGACGCAUAUUUGGAAAUGGCAAUUGGCAACGCUCCAUGGCCCAUUGGAGUCACCAUGGUGGGCAUACACGCCCGAACUGGUCGUGAAAAGAUUUUUUCAAAGAACGUCGCUCAUGUUAUGAACGACGAAACUCAACGCAAAUAUAUUCAAGGUCUAAAGCGCCUGAUGACGAAAUGUCAGGAAUACUUCCCAACCGAUCCAUCAAAAUGUGUUGAGUAUGUAAGCAAAAAGGAUCGUGAAUAAAUAUAUGUAUAUGUUGAUUA